AUAGGUAGGACUUAUUUUUUCUUGAUUUGUUUUCAGGAUCUUGAGAACAAAAUAAUUGUAUUUCUGAAGAAUGAGCUAGAAAAGUUUAAGAAAAUAUUAAAUAGAGAGAACACACAGUACUUUGUGCAGGACUUUACAGAGGAGAUGUGUGAUAUCAAAGAAGCAGCUCUUGAUAUCACACUCUUCUUCCUGAGAGAUAUGAAGCAAUAUAAGGCUGCAGAUGCUCUACAAGAUGAGCUGGUCCUCUUUCAUCAGCGACCACUAAAAUCAAACCUGAAGGACAGAUAUCAUUCUGUAUCUGAAGGAAUUGCAAAGCAUGGUGACUCCAAGCUUCUGAAGAACAUCUACACAGAUCUCUAUAUGACUCUGAGUGUUAGUAAACAAGUCGAUGAACAAAACGAAGCAGGACAAGUUCAGGCUGCUGACAAACGACAUGAAUCACGAGAGAUUCCAGUUGAAUGCAAAAAUUUGUUUGAAGCACUUGAACAAGACAAAAAGAUCAGAACUGUACUGACAAAAGGAGUUGCUGGAAUCGGAAAAUCCAUUUCUGUGCAAAAGUUUAUUGUGGAUUGGGCUGAUGGUAAAGAAAAUGAGGAUAUUACUUUCAUAUUUCCUCUUGCAUUUCGAGAAAUGAAUUUAAAGGAGAAAGAAACACAAAGUAUGUCAAGUCUUAUACAUCAGUUUUUCCCAGAGAUAAAAGGGCUGAACCUUGCAAGAAAUGAUAAAUUUAAAUUACUGUUCAUCCUUGAUGGUUUGGACGAAUGUCGUCUUCCUCUGAACUUUGAGGGUAAUACGAUUUGCCGUGAUGUAUCAUUACCAGUCUCUCUGGAUGUUCUCCUCACACACCUCAUCAAGGGAAAUCUGCUUCCUUCUGCUCUCAUCUGGAUCACCACCAGACCAGCAGCUGCCAUUAAAAUUCCUCCCGAGUGUAUUGACCGCGUGACAGAAGUACAAGGAUUCAAUGAUGCACAAAAGGAGGAGUACUUCAGAAAAAGAUUCACAGAUGCGAAUCUGGCCAAUGAAAUUAUUGAUAAUGUUAGACAAUCAAAGAGUCUUUUUAUCAUGUGCUACAUCCCAGUCUUCUGCUGGAUAACAGCCACUGUUCUCCAGAACAUUUUAGAGGAGAAAAGAAAUAAUGAUCUGAAAAAUAAUCAGCCUGAUGAUGACUCCAAAACACUGCAGAAAUCAAAUACUGUAGACACUCAUAAAACUCUGACACAAAUGUACACACACUUUCUCCGCUUUCAGAUCCUGCAGAGCAGACAGAAGUAUGAUGGGCAAUACACACCAGAUGUUUCUUGGGAUAAAGAUGCCAUGCUUUCACUGGGGAGACUGGCAUUUUCAUCAGCUGAAAAGAACAAUCUGCUCUUUUAUGACACAGAUCUGAAAGAAUGUGGUAUUGAUAAAUCUAAAGCAUCAGUGUAUUCAGCCAUGUGUACCCAGAUGUUUAAGGAGGAAAGAGGAAUCAUUCUUGGUACCACUUUCUGCUUUGUUCACUUGAGCAUUCAAGAGUUUAUUGCAGCCCUUUAUGGGCAUCUGUUUCUAGACCUCAACAAGAAAAGUGUGUUUGAUCAUCAUGAAUCUACAGAACAGGAAAACAAAAAUGAAACCAUGAUUGAUUUGCUCAAGACUGCAGUGGACAAGGCACUCGCGAGUGAAACUGGACAUCUGGACCUUUUCCUUCGCUUUCUUCUUGGUCUGUCACUCCAGACCAAUCGGCUACUCUUACGAGGUCUAUUAUCACCGCAAGAUGGCAAUGACGAGAACUACAAGGAGAUAGUUCGAUACAUCAAGGAGAAAUUGGGAGAUAAGAAGAUGUCUCCAGAGAGAUCCAUCAAUCUUUAUUGUCUGAAUGAACUGAAUGAUCAAACUCUGGUGAAAGAGAUUCAGACGAAACUUAGAGAAGGAAGUCUCUCAUCAAAUCUUUCACCUGCCCAGUGGUCUGCUGUGGCCUUCGUUUUGUUGACAUCAGAGGAAGAGAUGGAGGAGUUUGAGCUUCAGUGGGUGAUAAAAUCAGACGAGUGUCUCUUUAGGCUACUGGAAGUUGUGAAAAUCUCCAAAAGAGCUGUGCUAAAUGAUUGUGACUUAACAGAUGAGAGCUGUUCAAAUUUGGCUAAAGCUCUCAGAUCAGAUAACAAUCUGAUAGAGCUGAAUAUGAGCAGUAAUAAUCUACAGGAUUCGGGAGUAAAAAAGCUCUGCAUUGGAUUGGAGAAUAUUAUGUGUAAAUUGGAGAUACUGAAACUCUCAGACUGCAGUAUCACUGAAGAAGGUUAUAAAGCUCUGGCUUCAGCUCUGAGAUCAAACCCUUCACACCUGAUAGAGCUGGAUCUCACAGGAAAUGAUCCUGGACAAUCAGGAGUGAAGGAGCUUCUUGAUUCUAUAAAGGAUCCAGAGUGUAAAGUAAAACUGAGGUUUUUGAAUUCUGAAGCAGAAGCAGCCUGUCAGUAUGUGAAAAGAGUUUUGAGUAAAAACGCAUUACUUGUGAGAGAACUGAAUCUGAGUGAACAUAAAUUAGACAGCACACAUAAAGUGAAGCAGCUCGCUGCUCUACUGGAGGAUAAACACUGUAAACUGAACAUAAUUCAACUCUCUAACUGCAGUAUCACUGAAGAAGGUUAUAAAGCUCUGGCUUCAGCUCUGAGAUCAAAUCCUUCACACCUGAUAGAGCUGGAUCUCACAGGAAAUGAUCCUGGACAAUCAGGAGUGAAGGAGCUCAUUAAUGUACUAAAGGGUCAAUCGUGUAAACUGAGAAAGCUAUAUGUGUGCUACUGCAGCAUCACUGAAGAAGGUUAUAAAGCUCUGGCUUCAGCUCUGAGAUCAAACCCUUCACACCUGAUAGAGCUGGAUCUCACAGGAAAUGAUCCUGGACCAUCAGGAGUGAAGGAGCUCAAUGAUUUACUACAGGAUCCAAACUAUUCACUGAAGACACUGAGAUUCAGAGGCUGUGAUGUGACAGAUGAAGGUUGUUCAGCUCUGGCUUCAGCUCUGAAAUCAAACCCAUCACACCUGAGAGAACUGGACCUGAGUGGAAAUAAAUUAGGAAUGUCUGGAGUUGAAAACCUUGGUGUUGUACUGAGCAACUCACUGUUCAAGCUGGAAAUACUUAAUCUAUGUGGUUGCAAAAUUACAGAGGAAGAGUGUCUCAUCCUGACUUCAGCUCUGAAAUCAAACCCAUCACACCUGAGAGAGCUGAACCUCAGUGAGAAUCAACUAACAGACUCUGGAGUGAAAAACCUCAGUGAUCUACUGAUGAACCCACAAUGCAAACUUGGAAAACUAGCUCUGUGUGGAUGCAGUAUUACAGUGAAACAGUGUCUCAUCCUGACUUCAGCUCUGGAAUCAAACCCAUCACACCUGAGAGAACUGGACCUCAGUGGGAAUAAAAUAGAAAACACAGGAGUGAAUCUCUUAUGUGACGUACUGAAGGAUUCACACUGUAAACUGGAGAGACUGAGUCUAAAUGACUGCAGCAUUACAGAUGUUGCUUGUUUGGCUCAGUGUUUGGAUAAGAAGACAUCAUUACAUUUUCUAAAAGAGCUUGAUCUGAGUAACAAUAAAAUAGGAAACUCAAAGAAGCUCACUGAGGUGCUAAAAGAAUCAGACUGUGAACUGAGACUAAACAGUGAAAGCUGGCUAAAACGAUUUGGUGGAUGGCUUGGGUUUUAAGCUCAAGAAGCUGUACAAACAGAACCUGUCAACUUCAGGUUGAUCAGAGAACAGAUGUGUACAGUAAACAGGAGACUGGCUCUUUAGUAUAAAUUCUUCAUCAAUCAUGUAGUGGACAGUAGGAUGAUAACACUUAAAAUACACCUUCCACUCAACAACGAGGAAAGUUGAGUUUCAAAUGUGUCUCUGUUCAAACUUUGUCAAGACUCUCCCUUCUUGUUUCUUCCCCCUCUACAUCACUUUUGCAACAGUGCUAAGUGCUAUGUGUGGACAGUGCAGUAAUACAUAAUGUUCAUUUAUUCAACAAUCCUCCUUUAUUGUAUUUAUAGUGUAAAGGGGAAAUUCCUUAGCUGGUGUGCCAAGGUAAUUCAUAACUGGAUACUAAUGCUUUAAAAUUGAAUAUGAAUUGAUAUGGAAUGUAUUUCUAUGUAAAUAAAUACUUUAUACUAAGUUUUAUGCACAUAUGCAGCAUUGACCUUAAACAUUUUGUACAAGACCUACAUGCGAUUGAGCAUUUAGUGGAUUUUUCUAGGACUAAAGUCUAAGAAUUUUUAACUUCACAAUGUUGUAUCUAUUAUUUAGCGUGUUAAGUGGAAUACCCAUAAUUCCUUGCACUUCAAUAAUUUAAGUGUGGUGUUUGGUCAAAGCAUGAAGCAUGAGAUCCUUCUGUGCAUAAGUGGUAUUUGUAAUUAACAGGUCUUUGAGCUUUAAGUAAUAUUGUGAUUGUUUUGUUGUGAUGUUGUGGUUUUUGCUUCCACUUUGUUCAAGUUUCUAAUUGUUUUUGUGCAUGUUCAUAAUGUUUAACUGUAAUCUCUCUAUGUUAAUUAAACAUGUUCAUGGCGAUUACAA